GUAGUCGUAUCGUACUCUUGCUAAAACUCCCUAAUGGUUGACGGUUGACCCGUUUCAUUUCAUAUUCUUAGCGCAACUUUAGCAAGAAACGGUGUUUUGGAACAAGUGCUGCUAUAUUGUAACGUGAUCAAACUAAGAUGUCUACUGAUACACAUGCAGUUUGUAGAAUUCCUUGAUAAGAAGUCAGUUGAAGUUGUUCACAGAAGUUGGAUUGAAGCAUGUGAUGCUUUUGUGUUGCUAUUGGCCGAGGACAAAAGUCUCAGCUAUUGUAAAGAAGCUGGAAUUGCCAUACAAAAAUGGUUGGAAAAAACAUAAAGUCAGAAUAUUCACAUUUGCAGACAACUAUAAAAGUGCCCAAAAGUUUGCUAGAAGAGCCAUUGCCACUUCAAACAUUGAAUGAGAUGAUGAGUCAAUCAACGACAAGCCACGAAAACGUCCUCGUCUCAAAAGGAGUAUGGAAGAAUUUCUAGAUUACAGUGACAUAGAAAACAAUGAUGACAGUGAUGAACCCGUAAUUCAACACAGAGCCCCUCAGUUACCUCCUGCUCCACGUUUUGCAUCUUUUGCUAUGAACAACAAGCAUUUAUUGGAAUCUUCUGAAAGUAAUAUGAUAACAGCCGUCAAUGAAAUCUUAUCUACAAAUUCUAGAAAUUUGCCGGUGUGCAGCGAGCUGAUGUCCCUUGCAGAAAAAGAUACAAGCAACGUCUCUUCACAAGAAAUUCUUACAACUGGCACAACAAGAGAAAGACAUUCUCAACGAAACAGUGGUGUCUUAGAUGCGCAUGACCUUUCAUCGCACGAAACGCCUUCGACAAGUUUUAUGAACAUAACACCUGCAGGAAGACGUUCUCAACCAAAUAUUAAUGGCAUCUCUUCUACAGCUUCCAAAGAUCAGUUCUCACCCAACUGGAAACAUUAAUUAAUAAGCAAGAAGAAUAUUGUGUCAAUAUUGCGUGCCUGUUAAGCGCUAAGAAAGGGGUAGACGAGCACGAAAUUGUAGAAGAUCUUGUACCUAAUCCCUUAGAUUCGGUUGAAGAACUUGAGGACCUAUCCUCUAGUCUUGAUGAAGAAAAGUCCAGGAGAAAGUUGAAGCCUGCCUCAGAGCUCAUAAAGGAUGCAGCGAGGCCAACGUUGAAGAUCAAAUUGCCGAAUUUUUAAAAUAUGCUCCAGGCAAGCAAGGUGGUUCCAGAUUUAAGGUCCGAAUAGACAACUUAUUGGAAUCGGCUUAAUUAGCAUUUUUGUAAAUAUGUAUAUUAAAACACGAACAGCAAAAUAGAUGAGUUAAAAGUUGAUUAUAUGGAAAUUAAAGUUUAGUUCGUAUCAUUGCAAA